ACCCCUGCUCUUGCCUACUGGGCCAUGCCCCGCUGUUUACAUGCCGGUGAAGCCCCCGGCCGCUCCGAGCCCCUCCGAGCUCCGGCCCCCCGCGGGUGAAGCCAGCUGACCCGCGAACUGGACUGGACACUCAGACCCCCACCCGUUCUGCCGCCUCCGCCACCUUUUGGGCGGGAUCCUGCUCUAGUGUUUUGAGGAGGGGGUGUGGUGUAGGGAAAGGAAUCCUGGGGAUUUCUGCCCCCUUUUUUUCCUUGGCCUUCGGGGCUUCAGACUCAGGGAACUCGCCCAUGGCUUUCUUGAUGAAAAAGAAGAAAUUCAAAUUCCAAACCACUUUUACCCUGGAAGAGCUGACUGCGGUCCCCUUCGUGAACGGGGUCCUCUUCUGCAAGGUCCGGCUGCUGGAUGGCGGGGAUUUUGUCAGCUUGUCGUCAAGGGAGGAAGUGCAAGAGAACUGUGUGCGAUGGCGGAAGAGGUUCACCUUCGUGUGUAAGAUGAGUGCCAACCCAGCCACCGGCCUGCUGGACCCUUGCAUCUUCCGCGUGUCUGUGCGCAAGGAACUGAAAGGCGGGAAGGCUUAUUCUAAGCUGGGCUUUGCUGACUUGAACCUGGCUGAGUUUGCGGGCUCGGGCUCCACGGUGCGCUGCUGCCUGCUGGAAGGAUAUGACACAAAGAACACUCGCCAGGACAACUCCAUCCUCAAGGUCACCAUUGGUAUGUUCCUGCUCUCUGGAGACCCCUGCUUCAAGACGCCACCGUCCACUGCCAAGUCCAUCUCCAUCCCGGGCCAGGAUUCUUCCCUGCAGCUGACAUGUAAGGGUGGUGGGACCAGCAGCAGCGGCGGCGGCAGCAGCACCAACUCCCUCACAGGGUCCCGGCCCACCAAGGCCAGGCCCACCAUCCUUAGCUCAGGGGUGCCAGAGGAGCCGGACCAGAACCUGUCCAGCCCUGAGGAGGUGUUCCAUUCCGGCCACUCCCGCAACUCCAGCUAUGCCAGCCAGCAGUCCAAGAUCUCCGGCUACAGCACGGAGCACUCACGCUCCUCCAGCCUCUCGGACCUGACGCACCGCCGCAACACAUCCACUAGCAGCAGCGCCUCUGGCGGCCUCAGCAUGACUGUGGAGGGCCCUGAGGGCAGUGAGCGGGAACACCGGCCCCCCGAGAAGCCGCCAAGGCCACCCCGGCCCCCACAUCUGUCAGACCGCUCCUUUCGGCGGAAGAAGGACUCGAUGGAGAGCCACCCGACCUGGGUAGAUGACACGCGAAUUGACGCAGACGACAUCGUGGAAAAGAUCAUGCAGAGCCAGGACUUCACAGAGGGCAGCAACACUGAGGACAGCAACCUACGGCUGUUCGUGAGCCGCGAUGGCUCUACCACACUGAGUGGCAUCCAGCUGGCCAACAGGGUCUCCUCUGGGGUCUACGAGCCAGUCGUGAUCGAAAGCCAUUGAGGAGCAGGUGUCCAGACUGGAGAAGGGCCCUGCCUUCGUGGACAUCCAGAUUCAUGUCAUCCCACGAAGGACAUUCCCCUUCAGAUCCCCAUCUGGGCCACAUCUCAUCUGUGCCUCUUCCAUGUACUCCAGCCCCAUAUGUCCCCAAAGCAUCAUUCCAUGGUCCUCCCCUCCAUUCUGGGACCCUUCUGGCCCCCUGGAGCCCAGGCACCACUGUGAAUAUUCUCCUCUGAACCACUAGAGGGCAGGACAAGUAGGCCCUUGCAGCAGGUGGCCAAGACAAAGAGCAGGACUGUCUCCACUGGAGACUGACUGGACCCCCUUGGCCAGGGACAAGCAGCAGCCCUUAAAUAUGAGGAGGCUGCUUGUAGCUGGGAGGCCUCUUCCCUGCCUCUCCACCCACUCCAGGAACACUGGCUACAGCCACCCUGGCAGGGCCUGGCUCCAUUGCCCCCUUGCCCUUGGGGAGCCAGUCCAUCCCCAGAAUCCUGCCACCGUGACCCUCUGACUGCUUAGUGCUUCAGCUAUCCCUUCUUUCUAUCCUGGGGGACCUGCUGGCGGCCUCCUCCUGGGAACCAAGACCUCACACCCCACCCACACUUCACCCCAUCGAAUGUUCUGCUGCUGCCCUAGCAGUCUGCACUUUGCACAUGCUUGUCCCCAACACAGCCCCCAUGCCUCCUGCCACCCCUUCCCUGGUCCUGUCCCAAGGAUCCCUGGCCUCUGCCUGCUGUGCAGUCAGAGGCCGAGGCAUCACAGCCCGGCUGGAACGUGGCACUGCCUCUCCUCCCUCCAGUUAGCCACAGCUCAGGCCUGGGACCUGUGCUGAGAAAGGUCUGAACGUCAAGGGGUUUCCCCUCUGCCAGGGCUGGAUCCUGAGCAGCUGGGUUUCAUGAAGGAAGGCCAGGAAAGGUGCCCCCCAGGGCCUGGGAGGUUGGGGGCCUGGCUAGGCUGGACUUGGCAAGCAGAGCCCCCUUUCUCUGCCCUCAGGGUCAGCUGGCCCAGGCUAGGGCCGACACUGAAGAGACAGGUGGGCUGUGACUGGGCUGGCCCGGAGCUGGGUUCCUGGCCAGAAAAGACUCAACCCUCCUCUGAAAGCAUCCCCUACUUCUGGGCCAGGCACAAAUGAAGUCCUGUAAGAGACAUUUCUCCAGUGGGGAACAGUCUGGCCCUCCUCCCUCUCCAUUUCCCCCGCCCCAAGCCUCUGCUCUCAGCACUUUUCCUUCCCUGGUCCUUGUUACUUGCUUAAAGGUGGAUUCUGGCUACUAGCCAGUCCCUGGACCCCCACCCCACCCCUCUUUUAAAUUUCAUUCAUUUUGUAUAAACCCAGCAGGCUGGUGUUUAGUUCUGUAACUUCCUUUUCAUUUCUUUUCUCUCUCUCUUUUUUGUUUUUUUCUUUUUUUGACUUCACAGUUCGGUAUUUUCUCCUCCCCCAGGUUAGGGGUAGGAGGUUCUGUGCUCUGCUCUGCCUGCUGGCUGGGUCUCAGCAGGGCUGGGCGUCUAGAUGUGGGGAAGGGCGCAGGCUGGUUCUCUGGUAUGGGUAGGUGGGGUUCCUCCCCAGGCUGGGAGGUCACCUUACCCAGCUUCUCAUCUGCCCCUGCUAGCAAGAGUUGGGGUUCUUGGUCCCGGAACCUGGCUGGCAUUGGGACCAGAGCAUUUUUAGGUUUGAUUUUGUUUUUACUGUUUUAUGAUUUUUUUAAUCACCUAAGUCUUUUUGUAGAAAAUGAAUGUUAGAAGGUGCCUGCCAAGGCAGGAUGGAGCUCUAGUCAGCUCUGAGGGUCCCUUCCUGCCCCGCAGAUGCCUGGCACUUUAAAAGGAAGCUGGUGGUGCUGUCUCCAAAUGGGGUGACCCCCAGAAGGUGGAGGAGUGUCAUCCUCCUUCUGUGUUUGUGUGACCUCAGCCCAGGGAGGUAGGAGGUACAUUCAGGGUGUUUUGGGGUCUGGUUUAAAGUUCUGGGGUUUCGGGCACAAAACUGUUGGCUUUAGCACUGUUGGGGAGACUCCUCCAAACCAGGAACUCCAGCCCUGCCCUAGGUGAGGUCUGAGCUCAGCAGUCACCCAAGAAGGAAAUAGAGCCAGGCCACACUCUUCCAGUGCCAGGCCCUGGGCAGGAGAAUUGGACUAGCUGAGAAUUUGGCCACAACCAAAUUAACACUGGCUGGAGCCAGAGGCCAGGAGCCCUGGCCUCGGCCCCACAUGGGAGCCCUUUCCUCGGCCCUCUGGCCUCCUCGAGCUCAGUGAAUCCCCACCAGGUGUGUACAGCUCCUGGACUUCAAAUUCUAUAUAUAGAGAUAGAUAUAUUAGAGAUAUUUUUGGAAAGGAAUUGGUCUAUGCAAUGCCAGUUUGGAAUCUUCUUCAAGGACAGUUUUAACAUUUUUACUAGGAGUUUUAAAGAAAAUAAAGGUCUACAGUAUUUUUUAGGGUGAUUUCUGGUCACCCCACAAACUGACCACAUGAUAUGAUCUACCAGGGUGGAAAAUGUCCACGUUUUCUCUUAGGGAGUUGAGUGGUGAGGCAAGGUUUUUUUGUUUGUUUGUUUUUUAUUCCUCUCCUUUCUAACAGAAUGCUGCCACCACCGCCCCCGAAUUCAGCGGACUGUGUUUGUAUCUCUGUCCCAGCUUCUAUUGUAGAAAACAUUUGAAGGGGAAAUCAGUCUAGUAUCAGUGUCUUGGUUUCAAGGGAAAAAAAUAAAUAUUGCGGUUUUUGUUUUGGUA